AUGCCGUCAUCUUGGGAUCAUCGGAUGCGGGGCAGCAGCAGGAAGCCAUCGAAGCCAGGGUGCCGGCCUGCUGUGCUGCGCACCGACCGCCUUCCUCCACCCGCCCCUCCCUCCACCACCCCGCCUCCCCUGCUCCCACCUUCUGCACCACCUGCUGCACCCUCUCGCCCCAAACUCUCACUCUCACUCGCUCUGCCAUGCUGCCACGCACUGCCAACUGUCACACCCUCUGCUGCCGCUGCUGUUGCGCUUUCAUGUGGCCGAGGGCUCAUCUUCCCCUGGCCUGCUGUUGCGCUUUCAUGUGGCCGAGGGCUCAUCUUCCCCUGGCCUGCUGUUGCGCUUUCAUGUGGCCGAGGGCUCAUCUUCCCCUGGCCUGCUGUUGCGCUUUCAUGUGGCCGAGGGCUCAUCUUCCCCUGGCCUGCUGUUGCGCUUUCAUGUGGCCGAGGGCUCAUCUUCCCCUGGCCUGCUGUUGCGCUUUCAUGUGGCCGAGGGCUCAUCUUCCCCUGGCCUGCUGUUGCGCUUUCAUGUGGCCGAGGGCUCAUCUUCCCCUGGCCUGCUGUUGCGCUUUCAUGUGGCCGAGGGCUCAUCUUCCCCUGGCCUGCUGUUGCGCUUUCAUGUGGCCGAGGGCUCAUCUUCCCCUGGCCUGCUGUUGCGCUUUCAUGUGGCCGAGGGCUCAUCUUCCCCUGGCCUGCUGUUGCGCUUUCAUGUGGCCGAGGGCUCAUCUUCCCCUGGCCUGCUGUGCGUGUGCCUGGCAUGCCACUCUCAAUCGCCCGCACCCUCAAGCCUUUUCUGCUGAGCUAG